AUGGGCACCGAUUCACCGCCGUCGUCGUCGUCAACGGCGCCGGUGGCCGUUGGCGCGAAGAACGCCGUGAGGGCCGUGGCACAGCACCACCGGGCCGUGGUCGGGUUCCUCCUCGGUUUCUUCCUCGUCCUCCUGCUCUACACUACUCUGUCUUCGCAGUUCGGUUCACAAACCGCCAUUGGUGUCCUACAGUCUUCGUCGGGCGGGCGUAGUGGUCAAGCCGCCAGGGCUGCUGCUCCAUCGUUGCCGUCGUCUUCGUCUACGCCGAGUAAUUUGGCACAAGGUGAUUAUAUGGAGGAAGAUGGCGGGCAUAAAAAUGAUAAACCUAACAAGAUGGAGGAAGAACAUAUCCAAGGCGAUGCCCAUCGAAUUGGAAAGAACAAUCAAUCUGAAGCCAAAUUAGAUGUCAAGAAUGGGCAAAAUGCGGAGCAGACAGGCCAGCAAGGAGCGAGCGAUGCAAGUGACAGAAUGGAGGAAGAGCUCAUCCGGCAAGAAAUCGAUCAAGGCGGCGGCAACAAGAACGAUACCAUCAUCGAGCCUGCUACGGCGCCACGCAAGCCAAUCUGCGACCUCUCCGAUCCCAGGUACGACAUCUGCGAGAUCUCCGGCGACGCACGAACCAUGGGAGCCAACCGCACCGUUCUCUACGUGCCGCCCGUCGGCGAGCUCGGCGCGGACAGCCAGGAAUGGAGCAUCCGUGACCAGUCUCGCAAGUACCUGGAGUACAUCAACAAGGUCACGGUGAAGUCUUUGAACGCUUCCCAGGCGGCGCCAGAGUGCACCUCCCGGCACGCCGUCCCGGCGCUGGUGUUCGCGAUGAAUGGGCUCACGUCCAACCCAUGGCACGACUUCAGCGACGUGCUCAUCCCGCUCUUCACCACCACGCAUGCCUUGGAGGGCGAGGUGCAGUUCCUCGUCUCCGAUCUCCAGCCGUGGUUCGUGGAUAAGUACAGGCUCAUCCUCAGGAACCUCUCUCGCUACGACAUUGUCGACUUCAACCGAGACGGCGGCGUCCGGUGCUACCCGCACGUCACCGUCGGCCUCCGUGGCCACCGCGACCUCGGCAUCGACCCUGCACGCGCCCCGCGGAACUACACCAUGCUCGACUUCCGCCUCUACAUCCGCGAAAUCUACGGGCUGCCGCCCGCAGGGGUCAGCAUCCCGUAUAAGGAGGCGAACAGCAACGCUGCUACUGCUGCCUCCGGCGCCCCAGAGCAGCAGCAGCAGCGGAAGCCACGGCUGAUGCUUAUCAACCGUGGCAGGACGAGGAAGUUCGUCAACUUCCCAGAGAUCGUCGCAGCUGUUCAGAUGGCUGGGUUCGAGGUUAUCCCGAUCGAGCCGCGCAGGGACCUCAGCGUGGAGGAGUUCUCCCGGGUCGUGGACUCGUGCGACGUGCUCAUGGGCGCGCACGGGGCCGGGCUCACCAACUUCUUCUUCCUCCGUACCAACGCGGUGAUGCUGCAGGUGGUGCCGUGGGGGCAUAUGGAGCACCCGUCCAUGGUGUUCUACGGCGGGCCGGCCAAGGAGAUGCGGUUGCGAGACGUCGAGUACAGCAUCGCGGACGUGGAAAGCACGCUCUACGACAAGUACGGCAAGGACAACCCGGUGGUUAGCGACCCGGAGUCCAUACACAGGCAUGGGUGGCAGUUUGGGAUGAAGUAUUACUGGAUAGAGCAGGACAUCAGGCUCAACGUCACAAGGUUUGCUUCCACGCUGCAGCAGGUGCUUCGGAUGCUCAGCGAAUAG